AUGACGAUGAAGGUGGUGGUGCUAGUUACUGGUGGAGGUGGUGGUAGUGAUGGUGGAGUUUGUACUGGUGAAGGUGGUGGUGAUGGUGAUAAUGAAGGUCGAGGUGGUGAUACUAGUGGUGGUGGUGGUGAUGAUAAUUAUGGUGGUGGUGGUGAUAAUGAAGGUCGAGGUGGUGAUACUAGCGCUCGUGGUGGUGGUGGUGGUUAUGAUGAUAAUUGUGGUGGUGAUGGUUAUAAUGAAGGUCGAGGUGGUGAUACUAGCGCUCGUGGUGGUGGUGAUGAUGAUAAUUAUGGUGGUGGUGGUGAAAAUGAAGGUCGAGGUAGUGAUACUAGCGCUUGUGGUGGUGGUGGUGGUGAUAAUGAAGGUCGAGGUGGUGAUACUAGCGCUCGCAGUGGUGGUGGUGGUGAUAAUGAUGAUGAUGGUGGUGGUGAUGAUGGCGAUAAUGAUGGUGAUGGAGGUGGUGAUACUAGUGCUAGUGUUGAUGGAGGUGGUGAUGGUGGUGAUGAUGAUGGUGAUGAAGGUGGUGAUACUAGUGCUACUGUUGAAGGAGGUGGUGGUGGUGAUAAUGAAGGUCAAGUUGGCGAUACUAGCGCUCACAGUGGCGGUGGUGGUGAUAAUGAUGAUGAUGAUGGUGGUGAUGAUGGCGAUGAUGAUGGUGAUGGAGGUGGUGAUACUAGUGCUAGUGUUGAUGGAGGUGGUGGUGGUGGUGAUGGUGGUGGUGAUGAUAGCGAUGAUGAUAGUGAUGGAGGUGGUGAUACUAGUGCUACUGUUGAUGGAGGUGGUGGUGGUCCUGGGGGUACAUCACGCUUCCAACGCCGUCCUACAUUAUGCUCUGGAGUUGGCGGUGCUGGUACUACUCCACCCUUAUCUCGGUCUAAACUUUUUAAUGCUUCUGCUGAAAGGCUACAACACUUUGGUUAUGGUGGUUGUGAUGAUGAUGAAAAUUCUAGUGCAAGCGCUAGUGGUGGUGGAGGUUGUACUGGUGAAGAUGGUGGUGGUGGUGGUGAUAGUGAAAUUGAUACCAGUGAUAAUGAUGGAUGUGGUGAUACUAGCGCUAGUGCUGAUGGAGGUGGUGAUGGUUGUGAUAGGAGAGAAGAUACUGGAGAAGGUGAUGAUAAUGAUGGUGGAGGUGACAAUACUAGCGCUAGUAUUGGUGGAGGUGGUGGUGGCUCUAGUGCUUCAUCCCUGUCAGCUCAUGUUCAGCUUAUUGGUGCUGACGGAGGUGCGGGUGGUGGUGGUAGUCGUGGAGAUGGUGGUGACGGUGGUGGCGGAGUUGGUGGUGGUGGCUUCAUAGGAGGGAGAUGCAUAUGA